GUUAAGAGCACAAUAGAGUGUGAGAGACGAAGAGAAAAAGGGAAACUCAAACCUCCUUGUCACUGUUGCAGUUUGCCGUCUGUCUGAAGAAGAAUUUCUCAACUGUUUUUAUUGCGUCAUGUUGCCACAGGGUGAGAGAGCUCGGAGUAUAAGUGGGCGUCCAGAGGGACCAUAUCGAGCCAUAGAAAGUGUGAAUGGUCUUGCCCAACAGGCCUUUGAAGAUGUGGACACGCUGGACAAACUUUUUUUGCAUGCUGUGAAGAGAUUUGGUCAGGCACCAUGUCUUGGCACCAGAGAGGUCCUUUGUGAAGAGGAAGAAAUGCAGCCUAAUGGGAAGAUCUUCAAGAAGUUGGUCCUGGGGGACUACAGCUGGAAGAGCUAUGAAGAGGUCAGCCAAACGGUGGAAUUCUUUGGCAGUGGUCUGGCAGCUUUGGGUCAGCGGCCAUGUGAUACCAUUGCCAUAUUCUGUGAGACACGGGCAGAAUGGAUGAUCACUGCACAGGCCUGCUUCAGACGCAACUACCCAUUGGUAACGCUGUAUGCUACUCUGGGAGAGGAUGCUGUUACUUAUGGACUUAAUCAGUGUGGAGCCAGUCAUCUGAUCACCAGCACAGAACUACUGCAGACCAAACUGAAGGGUGUUUUGAGUGCAGUGUCUGGGUUGCAGCAUGUUAUCUAUGCAGGCUGUGGAAGUGUAUGUCGGGCUGAUUACCCACAAUCUCUCACCAUCCACAGUGUGCAGGAAGUAUUGGAGCUGGGGGCAAAGCCAGAGAACUUAAAUGUAGAAUAUAAGAGGCCAGUUGCAUCUGAUCUUGCAUUGGUGAUGUACACCAGUGGAUCUACGGGGCGACCCAAAGGAGUGAAGAUGCAACACAGUAAUCUGAUUGCAGGAAUGGCGGGUCAGUGCCAGAGGAUCCCAGGCCUUGGUUCACAGGACACAUAUAUAGCUUAUCUCCCAUUGGCUCAUGUGCUGGAACUGACUGCAGAAAUAUCCUGUGUGUCAUAUGGCUGCAGGGUUGGAUACUCCUCCCCACUCACACUCACGGACCAGUCCAAUAAAAUAAAGAGUGGUGGUAAGGGAGAUUGCUCUGUGCUUAAUCCCACUCUCAUUGCUGCAGUCCCGGAGAUCAUGGACCGUAUCUGUAAGAAUGUUAAUGGGAAGUUAAGAGAGAUGUCAGUGGUGCAGAGGACUCUGUUUAAAAUGGGAUACAAUUAUAAAUUGCAGCAGGUGUUACGAGGAGCUGAUUCUCCAUUGUGCAACAUGUUGUUGUUUAAGAAUGUGAGUGCGUUGCUGGGAGGGUGUGUGCGUCGGAUGUUAUGCGGAGGGGCUCCACUGUCCGCUUCCACACAGAGAUUUAUAAAUGUGUGUUUCUGCCCUGUGGCCGUAGGUUAUGGCCUCACAGAAACGUGUGGAGCAGGAACUAUCUCAGACUCUUCUGAUUAUAGUACAGGACGAGUUGGAGCUCCUCUAAUUUGCUCCGAGAUAAAACUGCGAGACUGGCCUGAGGGUGGAUACACUAGUGAGGACAAGCCGCAUCCACGAGGGGAGAUUUUGAUUGGUGGGCCGAAUGUUGCAAUGGGAUACUACGGGAUUGAGGUGGAGGGAGAAAAUGAAAACUUCUGGGUGGACGAGGCAGGACAGCGCUGGUUUUUUACUGGAGACAUCGGGGAAGUUCAUCCAGAUGGUUGUCUGCAGAUUGUUGAUCGUAAGAAGGACCUAGUGAAGCUUCAGGCAGGUGAAUACGUAUCCCUGGGGAAGGUAGAAGCCACCAUGAAAAACAGCCCCCUUAUUGAUAACAUCUGUGUCUACGCCAGCAGUGAUCAGAACUACUUGAUCAGCUUUGUGGUGCCCAAUCAGAAGCAACUGACUGAGCUGGCCAAAAAGAAUGGGAUAGAGGGAGAGUGGGAGGAGCUUUGUAACCAUGCCAUGAUGGAGGAAGAAGUACUAAAAGUCAUCAAAGAGAUUGCAGUCACCAGUAAACUGGAGAGGUUUGAGGUUCCUCAGAAGAUCCGGUUAAGUUCUGAGGCUUGGACUCCAGAAACAGGGCUUGUGACAGAUGCCUUCAAACUGAAGAGAAAAGAGCUCAAACAACAUUUUAUAAAGGACAUUGAGCGGUUAUAUGGAGCUAAAUAAUGCUCAUGUACCACACAUAGGAAGAAUCAUGCAAAAAGGCAUAGGCUGAAUGUUGUAUCAUGUUAUAUUGUUUUACUACAUACCUCAAAGUAUGUACCUUUAUACUUAGUAGAAGUAUGCCAAUUGGGAUUCACACUCAAAUGAAAACCCUGCUUAUCUCUGUAGUAGAAAUACCAUUCUGCCCCCUGCUGGAGGCAUAUGAUCAUUACUUCCUCUGUGGGUAAGAAACACCAUUGAUGCAAUUGAAUGCAAACCUUUUGUAUUCUUCAUAUUUUUGUAUUUUUAAAGGUCCCUUAAAGCAGCUAUUGCUAUUGAAAAUAUUUUGUUAAGUGUUCUACACUUAUGCAACCUUAACUUGAAAGUGUUUAUGUGAGGUAAUGUCACACUUAAGUUGCUCUUUUUUUAUUUGUGUUGAUUGUUUGUUCAUUUUGAGUCAGCUGUAUGCUUGUUUGUUUGUUUUGAGUAAGGGGUGAAGUGGAGUUGAGAGUUUAUUUCUGAAGGCUAGACUGGUAACAAAGUGCACCAUUACUCAAGAACUACAGAAAUAUAACCGUGAAAUGUUUAAACGACGGAAUAUAAUGGAAGAAUUGAUGUGUAUGUAUAUAUAUUUAUAUAUAUAUUAAAGUGACAUUCAGAAUAGGAAUUUUGCACACUUUUGACAUGAAAGGGAAGAAGGUUUUUGUCUGAGUUUCAUAUCUAAUGUAUCAGUGCACAUGAGGUACGUCAUGGUCAAAUAGACUAAAGAAAGCGCUUAUAGCACCUCACAUUCAGUAUGUGCAUUAGAGAUAAAGCUGGGAAAUAUAUUUUCUUUAUUGCUGGAAAUGUUGUUAUAUUGUCAAUUCUUAUCACUUUUGUUAUUUAGCUCAACAAAUUGUUUGUUGUCACUCCUGUCAUUGAUUUACUCUUUUUGACAAAUAAA